AUGUAUCUGGCUCGGGUUAAUCUCGCCGUUUGUGCGUUGGUCUUUGUGGCCUCGUUCAUUGGCAAGACUCACGCGUCGAUGGGUGACCAUCUCCCCGACUUCAAAGAAUGUGUCAAGGUGUGUAUAACGGAGAAUUGUCAAAACGGCAAUACCGUCCUGCCCUUCCACCACCGUUUGUUGCUCUGGACCUGCCCCUCUGAAUGCGACUAUACCUGCCAACAUGUCGUUACCGACCGCCGAGUCUCGCGUGAUCCCCCCAUGAUCAAACCCAUUCUUCAAUUCCAUGGAAAGUGGCCGUUCCGCCGGCUGUUGGGCAUGCAGGAGCCCUUCUCGGUACUGUUCUCCUUCUUCAAUUUCGCCGCCCACUGGAACGGCAUGUCUCGCAUCCAGGAGUCGAUCCCUGCCUGGCACUCCCUCCGUCCCUACUAUAUGCUGUUUGGGUACAUUGGACUGGCCAGCUGGAGUUUCAGCAUGAUCUUCCACACCCGGGAUUUUGGAUUGACUGAGAAGCUGGACUAUUUUGCCGCCGGGGCCAACGUGCUCUACGGCCUCUACCUGUCUGUCAUCCGCGUGUUUCGCCUGGACCAGGAUGGUUCCCGCUAUCGUCCCACUUUGCGGCGCUUUUGGACCGCUAUCUGCGCUCUGCUUUACACGCUGCAUGUCUGCUACCUCAGCUUCUGGUCGUGGGACUACACAUAUAAUAUGGCGGCUAAUGUGGCCGUUGGGAUUGUUUCCAAUCUGAUUUGGACUGGGUUCAGUAUCUUCCGGUACCAGAAGUAUAUGAAGUCCUGGACGGCUUGGCCCGGUAUGAUUGUUGCCUGGAUCAUCCUGGCCAUGAGUCUGGAGCUGCUCGAUUUCGCCCCUUGGCAUGGGCUGAUUGAUGCUCACAGCCUGUGGCAUCUGGGGACAGUGGUGCCCACUGCGUGGUGGUACUCAUUUUUGAUCAAAGACACCCUCGACGAUAUUGCCGGACAUCGGUUGAAAGCUUAA